AAGAAACACAGAAAAAAAACCUUCCCAACCCCGGAGAAAGUUACAGAAGUCUCUUCGCUGGACCGGUCCCCCCUAUCAGUCUUCUCCGGCGGCCUUUUCUAUCCUCCUCCUCCCUCUUUUCCAAUCCCCCCUCUCGUCUCAUGAAGAAGCUAACGAAAUUUUUUGAGAAUCUCCUGAAGCCCUUUGCCCGCCGUCCAAAUGGAGAAUUGAAUAAGAAGGACCUAAAGGCGAUCGCUGCGAGAGAGCAAAAGGCCUUCCGCUACGAAACCCUAGCAGCCGCAACCUCCAAUUUCAGCCCCAAGAACAAGCUCGGCGAAGGGGGUUUCGGCCCUGUAUACAAGGGGCAGCUGGGGGAUGGGCGAUUGGUGGCGGUGAAGAGGCUCGGAAGAGGGUCGCGGCAGGGCGGGAAGGAGUUUACGAACGAGGCGAAGCUGCUUUCUCAAUUACAGCAUAAGAAUGUGGUUAAUCUCUACGGCUAUUGCGCUCACGCGGAAGACAAAUUACUUGUUUACGAGUAUGUAGCCAACGAGAGCCUUGACAAGUUACUCUUCUCCGAGAUUCAGGAAGACCAGUUCGAGAAGGAAAAAGGCUGAAGUACCCAUCAUGACCCUCCUUAUCAGAAGAGCAUAAAUAUAAUUUCAUCUCUUCCUCUUUUUCUUUAUAAAUAAAAGACUCCUUGGCAUGUAAAAUGGGUUCCUUUAAGUUGUCCCUCUCUGCCCCUCAUGUUGGGAGUCUGCUCCCAUUCUCUUUCACUUGUAACCCAAGCUUAUAUGGAAUAAAAUGUGCCGCCGAGCCAAUUUGCCCUCCGACGGGUCAAUCCUCUCUCUCUUCCCCCCUCCCCGUCGAAAGACUGAUUUGGAUUCAACACACACAC